UCGCGGAAUCCUCAAAGGAAACCCUCGUUCUGUGGAGCGUCUUCUCACAUAUUCCAGCAUGAGCACGGUUGUGCCUGCAGCGUCGUCGUUUCCGAGGCCUCUGAAACGCGGUUAUUUGACGGAGCUCGUUGGACGUCGGUGGUUCUUCCAACCUGUGUGGAAGAGACGCUUCUGCGUUCUCAACGGCAACACAAUUUACCUGUACGACCAAGAGGAUAGCACCGGGGAAGAGGGGACUGUCAUCUGCCUGCAGGAGUUCGACGUGUGUCAGGAGCAGAACUACAACAGAACAUCUCAUGUCUUUGUGCUAACAACGUCUUCGAAACACUUUUUUCAAGUUUGCCACGUGUUCUCCGCAGACAGUGAACCUGAAAUGUGUGACUGGAUUGCAGCGAUCUGUGGCCGACUAUCACAACGGCCGCUUGCAAAGAAACCUUCAUCCAGACGCUUACUUGGUGCCAGACGACAGACAAAAUCACAGGGCCCUGACGUCAGUGAGACAUUCGAAGGGAUUCAGUUACCCGGCGCGCUUCCUAGCAUCACGAAAAGCAGGCCAAGAGGUCCAUCUGGAAGGCGGCUCCCUCAGCGCAAGUCCCAGGUUGCGAAAAGUAUGGCGGCAGUUAAUUCAAGUCAGCUUCCGACGGUGUUAGAACCAGUGCUACGAAAUUGGUCCAAUGACGCAUCGUGUGACUCUUCCAAGAAAAGCUCCAGUCAAGUAGAUGAAGCAGAAGACUUUUUUCCCCAGCCACGACAAGCAACUUUAAUGGGAAACACAGCUCAGGGACCCUGGGAACAUGAGUUACGUAUUGUUGGCGACAAGAUCGAGGUUCUGGAGGAUAGCAUGGAAAUGGUACGAGGAGACCUGCGCAAUCUGCAGGACAACGUCUCAGAGUCGUGCGCGGAGUCACUCAACGCCAAAAGGGGGGUUGACCAAAUUGCUGAGAGACUACUACGUUGCGAAAAAUCUCUCGAGUAUAUUCUGCAGAAAGUAGAUCUGCUGUUUCAACAACAGCUUGUGAGAGAAGACAAAAGCGACGAAGAACAAGAGAGUCGUGAACCUACUGGUCUCAUAACGGAAGUUUCAAGUGUUUGAAGACGUCACUGUGUUUUGCAGGUCAUUGUUGCAUGAUUUCUUUUCAAACUGACGCUGUGCAACGCUAUUACAUGUCAAAAGGUCGGACGAAAUAAAACAUUCAUUGUACUUA